CAUUGGCUUAGCUCUUAUAAAAAGGGGGCUAUUAGAUAAAAGCGUGCCUACAAUUACCGAGCGGCCAGAGCGAGCGAAGUAGAGAGAGGGCGCGAGAGAGAGAGAAGAGAGGAGGGGAGAGACCUGCGAUUAGGGUUUUGAAAAUCCCGGAGAUUCCAAAGGCUUAGAGUGUGUGAGAUUGAGAGAGAGUGUGGUUAGAACGCGAGCGCUGAGAGCUUACAGAUUUUUGAGUGUUAGGGUUUCUGCCUCUACGCCUCACGCUUCCCUUGUAUCGGGCCUGUUCCAACUCUCUCAUGGAGCGAAAGCUCGUGGUUCUGGGUAUUCCAUGGGAUGUUGAUACGGAUGGAUUGAGAGAAUAUAUGAGCAAAUUCGGAGAGUUGGAAGAUUGUAUUGUCAUGAAGGAGCGGUCAACUGGCAGGUCACGCGGUUUUGGAUAUGUAACAUUUGCAUCAGUAGAAGAUGCUAAGAAUGCAUUAUCUGGUGAGCACUUUCUUGGAAACAGAAUGCUGGAAGUUAAAGUGGCUACCCCAAAGGAGGAGAUGAGAGUGCCCGCCAAGAAAGUUACCAGGAUUUUUGUGGCAAGGAUCCCACAAUCAGUGACACAAGCAACUUUUCGAAGCCAUUUUGAGAAAUAUGGUGAAAUAACAGAUUUAUACAUGCCAAAGGAUCAAGGCUCUAAAAUGCAUCGUGGAAUUGGGUUUAUCACCUUUGCCAAUGCAGAAUCUGUGGAUAGUUUGAUGGCUGAAACUCAUGAGUUGGGUGGUUCAACUGUGGUUGUUGAUCGAGCAACACCCAAGGAAGAUGACUUUAGGCCAAUAGGCAGAAUGGCACAGGGUGGAUAUGGUGCAUACAAUGCAUAUAUUUCUGCAGCCACUAGAUAUGCAGCACUCGGUGCUCCUACCUUAUAUGACCAUCCAGGAUCAGUUUAUGGAAGAGGGGAGUCCAGUAGAGGACUGGGAAAAAAGAUUUUUGUUGGCAGGCUUCCUCAGGAGGCAGCCAUUGAAGAUCUCCGCCAGUAUUUUGGUAGAUUUGGCCGUAUAUUAGAUGUCUAUAUUCCUAGGGAUCCAAAGAGAACUGGCCACAGAGGUUUUGGUUUUGUUACUUUUGCUGAAGAUGGUGUAGCCGACCGUGUAUCACGAAGAUCUCAUGAGAUUUGUGGCCAGCAGGUUGCGAUAGAUACAGCUACACCACUUGAUGAUGCUGGUGCAGGUGCAAAUUUUAUUUUGAAUAGUGCAGAAUCCUUUGGGGGGUACGGUGGUCCAAUGCGCACCUAUGGCAGGAUGUAUGGGAGUCUGGAUUUUGAUGAUUGGGGUUACGGAAUGCCCAGUGCGAGACCAUCCAGAGCUGAUUGGAGGUAUAGACCAUACUAAGGAGUUGUGGCCUGGAGCACCUCCUUGGGACUGCCAUGAUAUCAUUGUAGAUGCAACAAAAUGUCAUUGCAGGUUCUGAUAGAAUGAACAGAGCAACCCAACUAUAUUUAUGGUUUAGGCAAGCAAAAAAAUGGGAGCCUUUUUAAUUAAAAAGUUUUUUUUUUUAAUAUAUAUAAAUAAGAUUAUAAUUUAUGUUAACAAUAUAUUCGGACCAAAUUUAUUUCUGUUUGCAUAUAUAGUGGAGGAUGUUUGGCUUGAAAUUAAGAACCGUCCCUGGCUUUUCACUUUUUUCAA